AUGCCCUACGACAAGACGCGUGUGAUUCUCCGACCCUAUGUAUCUGGCGGCAGCACUGGUAAAGAUGAAAGCUCAUCCGCAGGAGGAGCAUCAUCAUCCGGUGGCAAAGACUCGGCCACCGCUCAAGGGGACUAUAUUAACGCUAAUUAUGUCAAAAUGCUAAUUGGCGACGAAGAACUCGAGGAGCAAGCAAACUCAAGCGGCUAUUACAGACGCUGGAUUGCUAGCCAAGGUCCACUUGAAAACACGAAAAAUGACUUUUGGAAGAUGAUUUACGACAGCAACGCGUCGUUGAUAGUAAUGGUGACGCAAACCCGCGAACUGGGCCGGCCAAAGUGCGAAGACUACUGGCCCGAAGAGCCCGAACCAGUUUACCUCACGAAUCCCGAUUUGUUGACCGUCCGAUUGCUCAACGAAGAGCAGGAAAACGAGGGAAUGAUUGCGCGCGAACUUCAAUUCCGAAGCGAAGAUGGAACCACUAGAAACGUGAACCACAUUCAAUUUGUCGACUGGCCUGAUCAUGGAGUGCCACACGAUCCAGCUCACUUUUUAACCUUUUUGAGAAAGAUCAGAGCGCUCAAGAAAGAAUCUGGAGAUGAUAUUCACACGAUCGUGCACUGCUCAGCCGGCGUUGGUAGGACAGGAGUGACGAUCGCGCUCGACGCAGCGUGGGAGCGCCUUGAGAAAGGCCUCUCUGUUGAUCCUAAGGCGCUACUCGAGGAAAUGCGCGAUCAGCGCGGCUGUUUGAUUCAGGAAAUUGGAAUCAAUCAUUUAAUUUUUUAA